AUGCGAGAAAUACAAGAGACUCAGAAAGAACAGAGGGCUGCACUUGAAAUGCUUACAAAGCAAUUGUCCCAGGUAGCCAUGUCAUUGGGCGAGCUGAGAGGGAAUGAAGGAAAGCUUCCAGCCACAGUGCAACAACCUACAAGACAAGAGAAUGUCAGUACAAUCUUUAUGAAAUCGGAAACGGUUUGUCAAAGUUCAUCUGCGAGUUUUCCAACACCUAGAUUCAAUCAUAAUGGAAACUUUGAGUCUAUCGCCCUUGAUCAAGUCGUAAAAAAGGGAGAGUCUAGCACCCGUGAACAUGUUGCUGAGAAAGGGAGGAUGGUCGAAGCAGAAAGGAAGACCGGUGUAAUCCAACCCAGGGCUUCCAUCAAUAUUAUGUUGUAUUCUGUAUACGAGAAGCUGGAAGAUGCUAAGCUUGUCAAAACCGAUAUGGAGAUACAGUUAGCAGACGGGUCUUGCAUCUACCCCGAAGGAGUCCUGGAAGAUGAACUUGUCAAGAUAAACAAGGUCAUGUACCCUGCUGACUUCUUCAUCAUAAAGACGACAAAGCCAAAAGCGGAAGAGUCUAUUGGCAUCCUUUUGGGAAGGCCAUUCUUAUCCAUAGCCAGCACACUCAUCGACGUCCGCCAAGGGACGAUGAAGCUGAGUUUUAAUGGAGAACAACUUACCUUCGAAAUUGAUAAAGCUGUGAGGAAGCAAAGGGACAUCGAGAGCAUUCAAACAGUAGACGCUAUCAGCCCUCGGAAACAAAAGUAUCUGGAAAAGAAAUCCUUAAAAGAACCACCCUCUGGUACCGCUGAAGGUGAACAACUCAAGAGAGAGGCAACGAAAUGGUUUGAUACGGCGAUGACUGGAGAAAUGGACCAUCAUGCCAUUAGAAGGGCAAUUAUGGAAUUUUGCCAGCCGUCACAACCAGCCGGGUCAAGGGAGAUUACCCAACUAAGAAGGGUCGGGAAACCACCUGACCAAGCCGUCCUAUUGAAAGGAAUGCUGAAGGAAGAUCCCUCGCCUACAAGGCAACUACUUUCCGUACUAGCAUCGCCGAUGACUCUCAAUAGCCUUACCAGCCAGGCCAAUAAAAAACCAGUCAAAUCAAACCUGCAAGAACAAGGAGGACUGAUGAUAGAAGAACUGAGGCUGAGUCAAGGGGUAGUCAAUUGGAAAAUGCAUGCCUUGAUAGAAAUUUACCCGGAGCUGUAUAUGCAUUCAAUUCUAAAAAAAAGAGUGGCGUCCCACGUUGAUCGACAACGCAGAUUUAGCCCCGCCCUGAGAUUGGAAGAGUUCAUUGUGGGGGAGGAAGAGUUACUCUUCCAGUGUCAACCGAAACUGACACCCACGAGGCAGAAUUCGAACUGGGUAGACCCUCGAACAAUCAAGGCAUUGCACACGCGGGCAGUAAAACUCCCAUGCUCUACCGACCAGGAGGAGGUCAGAACCUUUUUGGGACGCGGCGGAAUCUAUAAGAGAUUCAUCAAGAAUUUCACAAAGAUAGCCCAACCUCUGACGAAGCUUUUCCAGAAUGACAUAAAGAUUGAAUUCUUUGAUGCCUGCAAGGCCGCGUUCACAUUUCUGAAGUACCGAUUUGUAAGUUCUCCGAUUAUACGCGUCCCCGACUGGAAUCACCGUUUUGAAUUGAUGUGCAAUGCUAACAACUAUGCUGCACAAAGAAACUAUGAUGUGACCGAAAAUGAGAUGCUAUUGGUAGUCUUCACAUUUGAGACGUUCAGGUCGUACCUGGUGGGGUCCAAAGUGAUGGUCUAUACAGACUAUACGACUAUCAAAUAUCUCUUGGCAAAAAGGGAAUCAAAGUCACGGUUCAUCAGAUGGGUGUUUCUUCUACAGGAAUUUGACUGGGAAGCAGUGGAUAAGAAAGGAUGUGAGAAUAGAGAGGCGGAUCACCUGAGCCAAAUUCUACAAGAAGAUAACGGUGAAGCCAUGCCAGACGUUUUCCAUGAAAAACACCUGCACCUGACCCAGUCAACACCCGAAAGACAGUGGAUCUACCAGGAAGGGAAAAUUGAUCAAGCCAAACAAGGAAGCAGAGGACGAAAAGAGCCAUUGUUUGCAGAUAUGGCCGACUACUUGGUGGCGAGCAAGUUGACAGGAAGGGACAGAAUGGAGGCGUAUGUGGUGGAUGACAUUCCACUACUAAUGCCUAGCUCGUGCUAG